AUGAACGAUGGCGUGGUGCUGGGCGGAGCCAUGCUGCUGGAUGGCGCGGCAGACGGGCCCCUCUCCCCCGUCCACAGCAACGGGGACCCGGCGCCACGCGGCAGCGGCGAGAGCCCCCUGGGUGGGUGUGGCGGGUCUCUGAUCCAGCAGCAGCAGCAGCCCCCACAUCACAACCACCAGCAGCAUGCGCCUGGAGCCUGGCCCGGCGCUGGCGGGGCCGGCACCAGCUCGCAGCCAGUUGGUAGUGCCGGUGCUGAAUUGCCUGCAGAUGGCCGCCCGAUCGACGCGUGGCGGUCGCCACCGUUGGCACCCCGCCGCGACAAGGCCGCCGCCACGGUGCAGGGGCAGCUGCAGCUGCAGGUGCAGGCGUCCUCCGCACACCAGCAGCAGGACCAGCGGCGGCGGCAGCAGGAGCAGCAGCAGCAGCAGCAGCAGCAGGCACAGGUCCCCCUGUCGGCCGGCGUUGCCAUGCAGGCUCCCCGGCGGAUGAGCGGGCUGACAGGGGCGUUCCGAAAGUAUGCCACUGAUGGUGACGGCCAGGGUGGCGGCGGGAGCGGCCCGACCUCCCCUGCAGCCCCUGCCUGCGCCAGCGGCGGUGGCGGCGGCGCAGUGCCUAACGAGCGCCACGCGCAGCAGUGCGGCCCCGGAGGCGGCGCGAGCGUUGUGGAUGGCGCUUGCUGCGGCGUUGACGGGGCCGCUGACGAGGACGGCGACGAGGCGAUGCGGGAGGACGCUGGCUGCGACGGCGGCGACGAGGCGGACGCAGCGGCCCCGAACCCACAGCUGCAGCAGCCACAGCCGCGGGCACGUGUUCUGGCUGCUGCAGAUGCGCCCGACUGCCGCACCCAGCAGCAGCAGCAGCAGCAGCAGCAGCCAUUGGUCGCGGCCGCUGCAGCAGCGGAUGAUCUGGACGUGGCCGGUGACAUGCCCAGCAGCAACCUGACUGUUCGCCUCAGCUCCCAGCUGGCCUCCACCUACCGCAAGUGCUCCCCCCGCAGCAGCAGCGCGCCGCAGCAGCUGCCGCCGGGGCGGCGCGUGCUGACGCACCCGAGCGCGGGGGUGCGCAACGAGGGGUGGGACAACGAGGCGCAUGACCUGGUGCUGGCCACUGGGGACGUCCUGGUCAACGCCUCGGGACAGAGGUAG